GUUGUGGAGGGAGGGGGGGGGCUGCAAAAUGUAGACCCUUUAACGCGCGGUGCACGCGUGCAUCCGUGCAGAAAAGACGCUGUCUCGUUCCCAGAAUACAAGCCUGAAAAACGGGCUUGGGACAAUAGUCUCAGUCGGAUCAUAAAAAUUUCCAAGAGCAUCACCGAAAUGACGGCGCAGAAACCACGUGUUUACGUAAUGGAAAGCCAAUCUUUCAAUUUAACCCCUCCUCCCUGUCUAUUUCUAACAGAGGUCCGACGCUGAGAGGAAAUUCGUGCAAAUGUUUUUAUAGGCGCAGCGUACUUUUUUUUUUUUUUUUUUCUGGGGAGGAGGAGAUGCAAGAAGUGGCGUGGAGCUGAAGAGGCGUGAGGAAAAUACACCACAAAGAGGGAAGAGACGCACACUUCAGGAAUCACGGAGAGAGACACACACACAUAUGCGCACCACGCUCACAUACACACGCACACACACACACACAAGCCCAAAGCCCUGGCUUUAACAGAAACGUUGCAGCAGUGUGGGACUGUUAAGAAAUGAAAACUGAGGUUGGCGUUAUCUGACCUCGCCUCAGCAAGCAAGGUUUUUUUUUUUUUUUUUUUUUUUUUUGGACACAGGAGAGACGAAUUGGGACUUGGAUCAACCCGGCAAUGUGGUGUUUUGUUGGGGCUAUCAUUGCAGCAGCAGUCUGUGCAUAGGAUGCAUCCUCCCUUGGCUUUUGAUGCUGUGCAGAUCCACCCUCCUCUCCUCAGAGUGAUGAACUAAUAGGCAAUGAUUUUCUCCUCGGAAAUCCACCGUGUUUUACUGUUUUCACGUUAGUUGUGUUUGUUUACUGGCGGCCCCGUCUCCUCCCGGUGCGACACAUGCAAUUUACAGAGUAUAUUUUCUAUUAUCGACUAGUUGAGGAGGCAUCCUUUAUACGCCAGAAGAAGAAAACACACCAUUAUUACGAAGUCUGACAGAUACUGAAUAUUUUGCCACGUGAAUGAAAGCGCACAGGACUUGGAUGUAUCUGUUUUUCUAUGAUACAAUUGGCAGCCUUGUCCUGGAGAACUGAUCCAAUUGUGUUAUUAUGCAACCGCAAGGAUCUCAUCUAUAUCUGGGUGUUUAAGCCACUGGAUUGCUCUUCGCCCAAAUCAAUGUGGUUUCUUUGGAACAUUUUCAGCAAAGGAACGCAUAUGCUGCAGUGUCUUUGUGGCAAGAGUCUUAAGAAAAACAAGAAUCCAAGUGAUCCCCAGCUCAAGGGUAUAGUGACCAGGUUAUAUUGCAGGCAGGGAUACUACUUGCAAAUGAACCCCGAUGGCUCUCUUGAUGGGACCAAGGAUGACAGCAGUAAUUCCUCUUUGUUCAACCUUAUUCCUGUGGGCCUCAGAGUUGUCGCCAUUCAGUCCGUGAAGACAGGGUUAUACAUCGCCAUGAACGGGGAGGGCCAUCUGUACACAUCAGAACUCUUUACAGCAGAAUGCAAGUUCAAAGAGUCGGUGUUUGAGAACUACUAUGUGAUCUACUCAUCCAUGUUGUACAGACAACAGGAGUCGGGGAGAGCUUGGUUCCUAGGGCUCAAUAAAGAGGGCCAAGCCAUGAAGGGGAACCGAGUGAAAAAAACAAAACCAGCUGCUCACUUCCUGCCCAAGCCAUUAGAAGUCGCCAUGUACAGAGAGCCAUCGUUGCAUGAUGUUGGAGAGACGGUGCCCAAGGCGGCGGUACCUCCCAGUAAAAGCACAAGUGAGCCGGCAGUGAUGAACGGAGGUAAACCUGUCAGCAAGCCCGACAAGCCCACCACAUAGCCACACCUGACCAGUGCCCAGUGUGUGUGUGUGUGUGUGUGUUAGUGUGUGGAGGAGGAGGAGGAGGGGAACGCGACGGAGGCAGGGCUUU